UCCUGAAUACAGUUCAUCUUGGGCAGGAGCCCAGAGGCGGUUCCGGCCCCCUCCCUCGGGCCUGAGGAGAAGCUGGGAGAAGGCACGCACGAGAAGAGCAGGAGGUGACUUCCCUCCCUCUGGGGUCUCCAGCAGCAGCGGCAGGAAGGGCGUAGGGGACCGCGAGACAAAGAGCGCGCAGCCACCGCCUUUGUCCGCGCGGCCCCUUUAAGAAGCGCGCCCCCAGCUUCCAACCCGCCUUGUAUGCAAAUUUGGCGGCCUGGCGGGAGCGCGCGGCUGAUACCCGGGGACUGGGCUGCGGCGGUUAGUCCUCUCCCGGCCGCCGUCGCCUCCGACAUAUUGCCCGCAGGAGCUGCGGCGGCGGAGCGGAGAGCGCCGGGGGGAGGAGAUGGGAGGACGAAGAGGUCCCAACAGGACAUCCUACUGUCGAAAUCCUCUGUGUGAGCCAGGAUCCUCAGGAGGCUCUGGUGGGGGCCAUACUUCCAGCGCGUCAGUCACUAGUGUCCGUUCUCGCACCAGGAGCAGUUCCGGCACUGGCCUCUCCAGCCCACCACUGGCCACCCAGACAGUUGUGCCCCUCCAGCACUGCAAGAUCCCCGAGUUGCCUGUCCAGGCCAGCAUUCUGUUUGAGUUGCAACUCUUCUUCUGCCAGCUCAUAGCCCUCUUUGUCCACUAUAUCAACAUCUACAAGACAGUGUGGUGGUAUCCACCCUCCCACCCACCCUCCCACACCUCCCUGAAUUUCCACCUGAUCGACUUCAACUUGCUGAUGGUGACCACCAUCGUUCUGGGCCGCCGCUUCAUUGGGUCCAUCGUGAAGGAGGCUUCUCAGAGGGGGAAGGUCUCCCUCUUUCGCUCCGUCCUGCUGUUCCUCACCCGCUUCACCGUUCUCACGGCAACAGGCUGGAGUCUGUGCCGCUCCCUCAUCCACCUCUUCAGGACCUACUCCUUCCUGAACCUCCUGUUCCUCUGCUAUCCGUUUGGGAUGUACAUUCCGUUCCUGCAGCUGAACUGUGACCUCCGCAAGACGAAUCUCUUCAGCCACAUGGCCUCCAUGGGUCCCCGGGAGGCGGUGAGUGGCCUGGCGCGGAGCCGGGACUACCUGCUGACACUGCGGGAGACAUGGAAGCAGCACACGCGGCAGUUGUAUGGGCCGGACGCUAUGCCCACCCACGCCUGCUGCCUGUCCCCCAGUCUCAUCCGCAGCGAGGUGGAGUUCCUCAAGAUGGACUUCAACUGGCGCAUGAAGGAAGUGCUGGUCAGCUCCAUGCUGAGCGCCUACUAUGUGGCCUUUGUGCCUGUCUGGUUCGUGAAGAACACGCAUUACUAUGACAAGCGCUGGUCCUGUGAGCUCUUCCUGCUGGUGUCCAUCAGCACCUCGGUGAUCCUCAUGCAGCACCUGCUGCCCGCCAGCUACUGCGACCUCCUGCACAAGGCCGCUGCCCACCUGGGCUGCUGGCAGAAGGUGGACCCAGCACUGUGCUCCAAUGUGCUGCAGCACCCGUUACCCUCGUUUUCCUGCCUGUAUCCCCCCAUUAAACUGGAAGCCCCUCCAGCCUGGGCCCUUCUGAAUCGCAUCUGAGCCUCGGGCCCAACACAGAUGUGGCAGAGAAGAGGUCCCUAGGACAGGUUUGUAGAGGUAGGUCCCUCAAGUAGGUUCCUCAAGAAGCAGAGAUGCAAAGGGAGGCUGCAGAGACGCCUGGCUCGCUCAGUCCGUAGAGCCCGUGACUCUUGAUCUAGGGUUGUGAGUUCGAGCCCCACAUUGGGCAAAGAGAUCACUUUAGAUAGAUGGAUGGAUAGAUGGAUGGAAAGUAGCUAAGUGCCUAGCAUGGUCCAUGGAACAUUAUAGGAGGUGCUAUUUACAGACAUUCCUUCUUUUAGCUUGGGGCUUAUUCAUUUCCCCAGGUCCUCAGACACAGCCCCAGAAGGGUCCCUGGGCUGCUGCUGAGAGUCAGGGCCAGUAAGAAUGUUACAUUUUCUUAUCAGUAGUAAUUUUUUUCUUCCUUUUUCCUGGUGUUCCAGGAAGUGAUACAUGAGUGUCAGGCAAACAGGUGGCCUUUUUGGGGUUUUGCUUUCUGGUGUAUAAAACAGGGAAGCUAUUACCGUUCUCCCGAGGGCAAGGUUAAGUAAGAUAACUUAGAGAACCGUGGUCAGGAGCAUAAACUUUGGGGUCAAACAGCCCUCCAUACUAGUCAGGGUCCCUCCCAGUCUCGGUCCAAAUGGUCAAAGAAAGAGGAUAGACAUUGCCAAAUGGGGCUAAAGGGGACUCGGCUUAGCUUUGGCCUCUGAGGAGAGGGAGGAGCAGAGAGGUAGAAUAUAGGUGAACAUAAGGAGAAACCUGUCCACAGCUCACCAUGGUUCACAGAGAAGACCCAGGCUCCUUCGCAUGGCUUCCCAGCUGCUGAAGUGGGUUGUGCCAGCCUUUUCUGCCUCCUCUCUUCCCAUCCUUCCCCACUUACACUCUACUCUAGCCAGACCAGGCCACUUUGGGUCCUCAAAUUCUGUAUGCGUGUUUGUAUCCAGGCUUUGGCACAUGAUGCUUCUUUUGCCUGGAACAUGUUUUCCACCUUUCUUCUCCUGAUUAAUUGCUAUGCCCCCUUUAGCAGUUCGCUUCUUCCGGGAACACUUUCCUCACCAGCCAGGAUGGGUUCCGUGCCCACUGCCCCAUGCUCCCCAGGAUCAUCACAUAUCACAAUCAUUGCACCUAACACUUUCUGCUCUGUUUGCCUAGUUACUUGCCUGUUAUUCCAGGACUAAAGCUCCUGGAGGUCAGGGUCCUUGGCUGUCAAGCGCUCCCCGUUUCAUUCCUGGCAGAGUGCCUGGCUUAUCAUAGGUUUAUGGUAAAUUUUUGUGGUUUGUGUCUAGUCUUUUUUUAAGAUAAAAUUUAUGUAUGGUGAAAUGCACAAGUUUUUUUUUUAAUUUAAUU